AAUUGGCAGACGAGCUUCCGGUGAAGCGUUCACUGGAGAAAGAGUUACAAUCACCAGUGAAACCUGCAGACACAUCACUCAGUCAGACAACGAGUGUAUCCAUAGAUCGAGACAAACAGCUUAGGGGUGGAGUGUAUAGCAGCCCUUUCCCCCUGGCACACGUGAAACAUAAGAAGAAAUCCCCUCGAGCAAGUAAAUCUUACGAAAGCACUCAUCGUGGAAGUCCUCGUGGAGAGGUGUCCCACAACAGUAACUCUAUCCACUGGGAACAUGAUGUUCGACCCCAGGACAUCCCAUCCGCGGGUACCCCUGAUGUGUCAUUUGCAGACUCAGAUGAUGUCCUCUCACCAAGAACAAGAACUAGUCUCCGGGAGAAACAUGCAAAACAUCUUGCCGAUGUCCGGGCCUUCUAUGAGAAGGAGCUGCAGGAUUUGAGGCGGGAGUUGCAGAUGAAAGCAGGUGGUGAUCAUCGGACCCACAAUGCAGCAGUGGAACAGAGGAUAUUAGCCAAUGAAAAUCAGGAACUGAGAAAGAAAUAUCAGCAUCUGCAGGACGCAUACCAUGAUGCUAAAAUUGAAAUCAGAGAGCUGCAGCAGAAAAUCCACGGAUUGGAAAUCAGAGCAGCCGACUACGCAGAACGUUACGAUGCAGCACAGUCUCAGGUGCUGACUCUCAAGUCCAGGCUAGAGGAGCUAGCAGAUUAUGUCAGGGACAAGGAAUCUCUCAUUGCUGAUUUGGAAUCAAAGAACAGGAAAAACACUGACUCCUUACAGUUAGCAUACAAGAAAGAGAAGGAACUUGCAGAUUCCUUACACAAUGCUAGAAAUACAAUUCAGAAGCUGGUUGACAAAUAUGAGACCCUGGAGAAAGAUCAUGACAUCCUGAAGGAGUCCCUGUUAGAAACACAAGAAAAGCUGUAUGCUUUCCGGGCAGAGGUCAUUGAGGUCAACAACAAGCUGUCUCGCUCGGAGCUUGAGAACAAACAACUGAAGCAUGACAUAGAGAACCUCAAGCUAGACCUUGCAAUGGCCCGCAGUGCUGUACCCAUGCAGACAAGCUACGAGGAAGCCUAUCACAAGACCAGCGGCUCUGAUCAGCACCAGUCCUCUUACAGCCACGAUGCCACCGCCAGAUCCAGAUCUGUGGAGAGGUCGUAUAGCAAUCAUCAUAGACAUGAUGAUGAUGACGAUGACAGAGGGGAGACCACUGUAGAGUCAGAAUCUGAUGGAGAAUUCACAAGAUCUCCACUUAUAAAGGCAGAAAAUGAAUGGAAAUUACGGCAGCAAUCGCGAGAUUUUACUCCCAAAUUGCAGCGCAAAUUUUACGGCACAGAAAUACCUGGCAGCUGUGGCGGACCCCCUAUCACAGUGGAUCGUACCAGUGUACACUCAGCAGACUCUCCUCAUUCAUCAGCAAAUCCAUCUCCACGGGAUAAGAGAACCCAUGCUGUUUAUCGGGGAAGGGAGAUCGUUUCUAGAUCCAGCACUUCAAAAUCAUCAUCAUCGUAUGUUCCUAGUUCCCCCACGGAUCGUUCAAGGCUGAGCAGAGACGGGGACAAACGCAGCCCGGGUGGAACUUACAAAGACAAAGAUUCUAAGAAGAAUCACAGCAUGUCACCAAAGAAAUUAACCAUGCUCUCCAACGGACUCACCAGCGAGCAAGCUCUAGAGAAGAUCAAAUCUGGUGAUGUGGUGUCUCGGCCAGCCUGGGAGGAUGUGUACACCUCGCUAGCUGCAGGUCGACCUGGUGGAGGUCGUGAGAUUGCAACUCCACCCGUAAAUUAUACUCGAGAUCAGAUCAUUAAAGAAAGACUGCAGAACAUUGAGAAUCUGGAGAAAAAGUACGAUGAUUUGACCAAUGAGAAACGCAAGCUGGAAGCUUCUUUAAGUAAACUGCCGGCGCAGGGUCAUGGGAGGGAACGAGACAAGCUAGAAAGUGAGUUAGACAGAGUGGACCGAGAUUUGGGGUCCGUGCGCAUGUCACUGAAACGGUACCACGUACUCAAGUCAACUAUAUAA